UUGCCAGUUGGUCGCCGGGGUGCAGUUGGUCGCAGUUCAGUCGUGGCGAUCGCCAGGUGAACGAAGGUUGUGUCGCGCAGACUGGAUUUCUGAGACCGGAAGACUGCAGUUGGAGUACACAGAAUCACUACGAAGCAAAAAUGUCGGGCAAACUGAUCAUGAAGCGCAAGCGAGCCAGCCAGGAGGAGCAGCAACAUCCGCAGGCGCAGGAGCAACAUUUGCAGGCACAGGAGCAGCCGCAUCUGCAUCUGCAGCAACAGCCGGAUGAGGCUGCUCCGGAGAAGCGCCAUCGCCCUCUCACGCCACCCGCUGAAGAGCCCGGACAGGAUUACCCCUCCCCGCCAGAGGCACCGAACAGAAUACUCCUGGAAGCCCUGCAGAAAAUCAUGGAGCUGCAGGCCGAACUGGAUGCCUUCGAGCAGGAUCUAGACGAUCGGGAUGGCUUUGCGGACAGAGCAGCUCACGAGGAGGAGGCCGAGGAGAGUGCGGAGGACGCUGAGGUGGCUGCACAGUUCGCACCACCCACUCCGGGCCAAAGGAGCCAGGCGGAGGCCUUGGGCUUCGCCAUGUGCGCCAGGGAAACGCUGCUCUUCCUGCAGAGCGAGGGCGUGCCCACGGAGUCGCCACUCUACCAAACGCUCCUGGGCAAGUUGGUCGGACAAAGCGAUGGACUGCUGCACGCCUAACUGCCGGCUGGAGGGCAGGGGCUCCUCCGCAUUCUAGUCACUUUGCCGCGAUCUCAUUGCAAGUAAAACGAGAGAGAGAAAUGGAUUCUAAGGGUUGAGCACUUAUCGGGGGGUGGAAUCUGUGCAAACCCGGAAUCUCCGUAAUCCUAAGCUGUUUACUCUAGUCAAUUAUUGUGAAGCAAUAUAAAAAUCAUAAGCAACGAAAGAAAUAAAAUUACAAAGCAAAAAAUAAA